AUGGGAGACCUUGUCAACGACAUAAAUGGUUUCAUCAGCCAGCACAAUGCCAGAAAAGGGCCACAACCUUCACAGCACCGUUUCACUCCCACGCCAAACUAUUAUGCUUCAACCUUGAUAUUCUCGGAGGAAGGUGCAAAUAGCCCUCCUACUCAAAGUGUCUGCAUGUCGAACGCCAGUAGCUCGACAUACCUGUCAUCAUGCUUCGAUAUGCCAACUCCUCAAACCUCUUCCACUUACACUGAACCUCCUCCUGCUUCUAUCCCAUACCCGCAAAUGCCGGUGCCUUCUUCACCUCUUGUAUGCGAAUUCGUACGUUACACAGGAUGCAAUGCAACUUUCGAUCCUAACGAUGAGGCGGGAUGGAUCGAGCAUAUCGCAACUUUCCAUCUUGGCAAUGCAUUUCCUGCAGUGUGCGUGUGCUGGUUCUGUAAUAAAGAGUUCAGAGCAUCUUCAUAUAAUCCACCCAACACUGGAGCAUGCUACCAAGAUAGAAUGCACCAUAUCGCAAGGCAUUUCCGCAGAGGCGUGACGGAGAGACAAAUCCGUCCAGACUUUUUCUUCCUCGACCAUGCUUACAGCUAUGGUUUGAUCGAUGAGGAGACGUUCCAAAGAGAAAAGAUGUCCCACGAGGCUCCCCAACUGUCGGGCCUGUAUCCUUCUGGUUGGAGACCCGAGCAAAGGUCAUCGCAAGGCCAAGUCGAGAUAAGUCGAUCACGACAUCGGGGUUCGUCAACUCGAAAUCGUGCGUCGCAGAGAUACCAUCACUGA